AUGUUUCGAUCAAUAAUCAUUUGCGCGUUAUGUUAUCAAGCGGUAGCAAGCGUACCCCUCCCUGUGGCCACAACUUCAGCUGCGCCAAUUACAACUAUUGGAAAAAUAUCUCCAGAGAUCAAUCCUUAUGUCGCUGGGCUAAAUAACGCAUAUCCAGGAUACAAUGGGUAUAGGAGCCCUUAUUACAACCCAGCUAGCGCAACUGCUCCCAUUUUGAGCUAUACUAAUAAUCGUGCUAUUGAUGGAAGUUAUUCAUACAGUUUUGCUACUGGUGAUGGAAAACAAGCACAAGAAAGUGGAUUCUUAAAAGAUGCAUAUAUUGACAAUACUGGAUCCCCUCAAGGAACACAGGUCGUUGAAGGUAGCUAUGCGUACACCUCACCAGAAGGUAUUCCAAUUCAAUUGAGCUACGUUGCUGAUGAAAAUGGAUUCAGAACGGCCGGAGUGCAUAUACCCGCGGACGGAAGAGUGUCAUCCGCCUUUUCACCAGCAGCCUACAAUAAUGGAGACAUUUACGAUCCCCGCUACAAUGGCUAUAAUCCAAUCAACUAUCGUAAUCCUUACAAUAAUCAAUAUAAUCCCCUCAGGGCCUAUGAUCCUAGAUAUAAUCAAUACAAUCCAUUUGCAGGAAACCUCGCUAACGGAUAUAAAAAAUCUUUUCAUAUAAAUACGAGGGUUAAUCUCAUGUGCAUCAUUCUCCUUCCUGCAUUUUGUGUGCAUUCAAGUAUAGCAAUCGGAUAUUCUAAAAUCGCCAUGAAAUCUUUUUUCAUUUUAACGUUGGGGAUUUGCCUGGUAGCUGCUGACGUCAACAACUUUCAACCCUACUACAUACAACAACAACAAGCCUAUACAACAGAAACAAUACCGAUUGUACGACAGGAACAAGUUAUUAAUCCCGAUGGAUCUUAUAGAUGGAAUUACGAAACGGGCAAUGGAAUUGCAGCUGAGGAAGCGGGUUCUAUAAAGAACCAGGGCAUUCCCGAACAAGAGUCCCUGUCAGCACAAGGACAAUAUCAAUAUACUGCACCUGAUGGACAAAUAAUAAAAUUGCAAUACGUUGCUGAUGAAAAUGGGUUCCAACCGCGUGGUGCUCAUUUACCUACAUCGCCUCCUAUCCCUGAAGAUAUACAAAAGGCUUUGGAUUACCUCGCCACUGCACCUACUCCGGCGGCAGAACUCAACCGAAUAAAAGUUUAAGAGUUUAUCUUUGCUAUUUUGGUCAUUAUAAUAAUGCACCAGAAAAUGAGGCUCAUUCUCUAUGAUACAAUAUUAUAUAUGUAUAUUUAUAUGUGAUGAACUGUAGUUCUGUAGAUGUUAAAUUAUUAAUUAUACAAUAUAAUUAAUAUUAAUUUCCAUAUUUAUUGAUUUUAAAUGUAUUUUCUAUGUAAAAUAGUAAUUAAAUAUGACUAGAAUGAAAUGUACAACAU